UUUUCUGUAUGGCAAAGUUUCUGCCAGAUUUCUUUUUGUCACAUAAGGUCACUUUGAAUGCCGGUACUGUCUUGAUGAAUAGCAGCACCUGUAAUCCCAGGUUUUUUGAGCAUUGAGACUGCGUCACGCUUAAAACUACUUGCCCUUUUCAAGUUUACAAUCCUCCAUCAUGUCUAACCCACCAAAGCCCAGCAGCAGGAUCAAAGUCAUCAUCGUCGGCGCUGGCUUUGGUGGCUUGACCGCAGCAAUCGAGUGCCACCGGCAAGGACACGAUGUCGUGGUUUACGAGUCGUUUCCGGAACUGAAGCAGCUGGGAGACAUCAUUUCCUUCGGUCCGAAUGCCGGUCGGAUUUUUCAUCGGUGGUCCAAUGGCAAUGUCGUCUCAAGACUACGUCCCUUGAGCAUAAACCUCGAGAACUACGGCUUCAGGAUCCAUAAGUGGGAUACUGGAGAAGUCGUCCUGACUCAAAGAAGACCGCCUCCUGAUCCCGAGGCGCCGGUUUUGAAUGGCCACAGAGGCGAGCUUCAUGAGAUUGUGUUUAACUACGCGCGAGACGAGUUGAAGAUUCCCAUUCAUCUGGGAGAGCCGGUCGUCAAUUACUUCGAAAGUCAGGGUGGCGCUGGGAUCCAACUCAAGGAUGGCAGAAAGAUCGAUGCCGAUGUAGUGGUUGCAGCCGACGGUGUUCGGUCUAAAGCGAGGGAGCUUGUACUGAAUCACAAGGAAAAGCCGGUAAGCAGUGGCUACGCAGUAUGGCGAGCAUGGUUUUCUGCCGACGCCCUGCUCGCAGACCCUCGAACAAAGGAGUUUUGCGAGAAUGGCGACACGUUCAAUGGUUGGAUUGGACCAGACGCUCACUUCCUGUUCUCGACCAUCAAAGGUGGUAAAGACGCUUCUUGGGUACUAACCCACAAAGACGAGUACGACAUUGACGAGUCGUGGUCGCUACCUGGCAAGUUAGAAGACGUUUUUAAAGCGCUUGAAGGUUGGGAUCCGCUUUGCAAGGUGAUUGUAGAGAAGACACCGUCACUGGUAGACUGGAAGCUGGUCUACCGGGAUGCCUUGCCAAACUGGGUCAGCAACGGUGGCAGGAUUGCACUACUUGGAGAUGCAGUGCAUCCUUUCUUGCCGACAAGUGUCCAAGGAGCCACGCAAGCAAUGGAAGACGGCGUGACAAUUGCGAUUUGCCUGAGACGCGCCGGGAAAGAAAAUGUUCCUACAGCUCUGAGGACGUACCAAGAGAUGCGGUACGAGCGCGUGAAAGCUGUACAGCAGACCGGGCUGUCGACACGAGAUCUUUGGCACAAGACGGACUGGAAUAAGGUGAAGGAGAACCCUCAGAGGAUCGCACUGCCCAGAGAAGAUUGGAUACUUGAGUUUGACGCAGAGAAGCAUGCAGAAGAGUCAUUCGAACAUUUGCUAAAACAUGAUCUCUGAUCUAUCAAGGCUAUGUUGACCAAAUGACAAAGGAGAGUCAUAGAGAGAUUGUGGAAGGGAAGUCUUCCACUCGAUCAAUGACUUAUCAGCGUUAGGAACGCAAUAGAUCUUCACUCAUUUAAUAGUGCC